CAGAUAGUCUAGGGUUAGUUAACACUUUGGUGUCAGAGGAGUGAGGUAAAGGACAGUAAAGAGCAGGGACUGAGAUCUGUCAGCAAACUUAAAAAAACUGAGAAAAAUGCUACACAGGGCUGCAUCCAAUGUGUCAGACAAGGCAAAGAGCAAACCAAAGCGCUCCACAAGCUUUGGCAAGUUUGAAGGGCUCAGACAUCACUCAUCCCAGGCAAAAACAGAGGAAAAUGGACCAACAACGCUCAGAGAAGAAUGUGAAAGUCCAGACCCAAACAAAUCAGCUGGGCUCGGGAGGAAGAUGAAAGAGAUUUCACUAACCAUGCGAAGAAAAAUGGGCAAAAAACACGCCAAGUCUUUCUCUGAAGAGAUGGGAGAUGACACAGACAAAGACCCAGAAGCUGAGACAGAAAGUUGUCCACCAGCAGAGAAAAACUCUGCAAAAACCAGCAACUCCUUGGAGAGUCUUUACAGCGGUCAGAGCUCCUCUAGUUUAGGUGGUGUGACCAGUGAGUCCAAUGGUUCUGGUAAGAGGGACAGUCUGAGGCUGGAGGAGGACGGCUCCUAUCAGGGUCAAUUCUGCGGCAGGGCUCGGGUUCAUACAGAUUUUGUUCCCAGUCCGUAUGACACUGACUCCCUCAAACUGAAGGUGGGGGAUAUUAUCAACAUCAUCAGCAAGCCUCCAAUGGGCAUCUGGACAGGUAUGCUCAACAACAAAGUAGGAAACUUCAAGUUCAUCUAUGUGGAUGUUGUGGUGGAGAAAGAAGAAGAAGAGGAAGCACCCAAGAUCAGACAACAGAAGCUGUGCAAAAGACCUCGACCUAAAACACUUCUGGAGUUACUUGAGCGGUUAAAGCUGGAGGAAUACGCCUCUGCCUUGUUGCUGAAUGGCUACCAGACAGUGGAGGACCUACUGCACCUGCAGGAGAAACACCUGAUAGAGCUGAACGUCAAAGACCCCGAGCACAGACGUAGGAUUCUCGCUGCUGCUGAAUACCGCUACACAGAAGGUGAUGAUGUGAGGGAGGCAGAGGAGCACAAAUCCUCCCAAAAUCUGCAGGAAGAAGACAGUGAUUGUCCCAGAGACUCCGGCUGCUUCAUACCAUCUGAGUGCUCAGACAGCAAAGAGGAUGCAGAGCACGUCACGGUGGAUUCGUGAAGCGCUCAUUUCUGAGACGGAUAAGUUGACAUUUGGGAUUCAAAGUUACAAUUUUAGCUAUGGCUUAGGUGGAAAUGGUUUGAAAACUGAUCCUGUAAUAUUUUCCGAAUGUCAUGUUUAUAUCACUUGCUCCAUCCACAACCUUACCUAAUGCAGCAUUUUAAAAGUUUGUGACAUGGGAGGGAGAUUAGACAACUUAAUAUCCCAAAUAUCAUCUUAUCCUUUCUUUGCUUAAUAAGGUAAAAGUUGUAUUUUGAUUUUUAGAAUCUAUUUUAUUAGAAGUUGCAGAAGAAGCUGGAUUUUGUUGUUUUAACCUCUGUUGUAUUUAUUGCAUUUUAAAUCCUUCAAUGUUUUUGCAUACUGUUAAGCCAUUAUUUAUCAAAGCUGCAUUGUUUUUACAUUUCCCAUUACAUCCAGUUACAACUCAGCUUCAGCAGUGCUCCACUUUUUCUCCCUGUGGCUGAAUGGACACUGCUGAAGGCAUACUUUGGUGUACUUAUAUCUGGAUUAUGGCCUACAGUGUAUACUGUACAGAUUAACAAGUGUAUUAAUUUCUGAACGUGAAUUUUAAUGAGUGUGCAUGUGUCUGUAUAUGAGAGUAAUUUUAUAUGUUGAAGCGAGAGACAAUAUUAAUCUGAUUUCUCAACGUUUUGUAAAUAAAAUGAAUAAAAUACAGUCAGAU